AUGUCGCUUGAAGCAGGUUCUUCAGCAUCUUCUACCUCUCAAACCAUGUCUCCCACAGCUACGCCCACGACCGGCCGGCAGGAUUCCUCCACUCCAUCCUCGGUCGAGCCCAACGACAACCCUCGCGAACACGACGAACAUUACGACGAACAGCAUGUAGCCGACCUAAUCGAAAAGGCCGCGCAGGCACGCAUCAAACACAUCUGGCGCCUUUGCUUCACUGUUUUCGCUCUCGUGCAGGCCGGGAAUGUUGUACUCCAGCCGCCCCUGCUCCAACUCAAAGAACUAUCAAGCUGCAUGUCGUAUUACGGCCCUGGCUGGUCUCUUGGACGAGACUGCAGGGUAGACUCUGUGCAAAAUGAGUUGGACACGUUAAUUAAAUGGCAGCAAUUGUUGGAUACUGCCCCGGGGAUUUUGUUCGGUGUGUUUUAUGGGAUGGCUGCCGAUCGGUUUGGGAGGCGGCCUGUGCUUGCCCUUGCGCUUGUGGGGAUUACGUUGGCUGCUGUGUGGACGCAGGUUGUUUUGUUUUGGCCGACGGUCUUUCCCACUCGGUUGACUUGGUUGUCGGUGGUGUUCCAGGUAGCCGGAGGCGGCACACUAGUCGUCAAUGCCAUGAUAUUCGCAAUGGUAUCCGACAUUGUACCAGAGGAAAAGAGGGCGUCGAAAUUCUUCCGUCUAUAUGGAGUCGCCCUCCUCUCAGACAUGGUACUCUCACCGGCCAGUGGAGCCUUAGCAAACAUCCAGCCCUGGUGGCCAGCCCGCUUCGGGCUAAUUGCAUUCAUAAUGGCCAUCCUUACAACUCUACUCGUCCUUCCUGAGACAUUUGUCAAGCCGGUAGCGACAUCCUCGACCAACCUUGCACAAACCACUCCAGUUGAAGAGGAGGAGCCCGAUGAGGAAGAAGAUGACCCGGUUCUGUACGCCGACGCGCCCAAGAACACACCCUGGCGGCGCGUGCGCAAGGUGGUCUCAAGUCUUCGCGAUCUCAGAUAUCUGAUUGCUUCGCGGCAGAUCCUCUUUCUAGUACCUCUACUUUCCGUGGGCCAAUUGUACAACCAGUCCGCGGACUUCUUCUUGAACUAUGUCUCAAAACGGUACGGAUGGCGCAUUUCACAGGCAAGUUUCUGGUUGACGUAUCGCAAUGUUGUCAAUUUGGUACUUUUGAGUACGAUUUUGCCAGGCGUGAGUGCACUGCUUCUCAAGCGUGGAUUUAAUGCAGGCAAGAAAGAUCUUUGGAUUUCCCGCGCGAGCAUCGUGUGUCUGGCUCUGGGAGCUUUUAUUAUUGGACUAGCGCCCACGCUGAAUAUUAUGGUCACUGGCCUCACAAUCUUCGCCCUCGGCCACGGCUUCGUCCCGGCUGUUUUGAGUCUAGCAACCCCCUUCAUCGAACCAGGCCAUGUCGGAAUGCUCUACACAGCCAUGACAAUUGGCGAGACAAUCGGCAAAAUUGCCAACGAGCCUCUUCUUACCGGAAGUUUUGAGCUUGGUAUGCGAGUGGGUGGGUUGUUGCUGGGCUUGCCGUUUGUGGCUACUGGUGUCUUGUUGACCAUCACAGCGGUUAGUGUAUAUUCUAUUCGGCUGCCUUUGCCGGCUAUUCAUCUUGAUUAA